AUGAUGAUGUUUCGUGCGAAGGGGUUAAUCAAGAUAACAAGAUUUCACAUGGGCCGUAGCUUUUCGAGCAGAUCCAACAAGAGAGUUUCCGAGGAAAUCGACCAGUUGGUAGAUAUGUAUAGCGAACGCAUUCCACUUGGCGUUAUUAGAGCUGACUUUGUGAGUGACAUUGCUCAGCUGGUUCCUCCAGUCCACCAUCUCCAAAUGAAAUUCCGGGAACUGAAAACAGGGGAGGAGGAGGAGAACAAGAAACUGGAGAAGAAGCUACAGCUGGUUCCUCCAGUCCACCAUCUCCAAAUGAAAUUCCGGGAACUGAAAACAGGGGAGGAGGAGGAGAACAAGAAACUGGAGAAGAAGCUAGAGAGUCUGAUGAGUUCUGGUGUGCGUCUUCUUAGGGUUGUCGCUUCAAGGGAACCAGUCUCUGUGGUGAGACUGUUUCUGCACCAUGGCCUGGUUGAUUUUAAGAAUCCAGGUGCCCAUAUUCGUUGCAUCAAAAAAGUUCAUUGCCUUGCUUUGAAGACUGGGAUGCUUGAAGAUGGCUGGAUGUUGUCUAGGCUCAUGUCGUUGUAUGCCCAAUCGUCUGCACAACAAAUGGAGCCAGAGGAGUUGGUAGAGAGACUCUUCCACCACCAUCAUGCUUCAAGAAGAGGAGACUGUAGGAGUUACAACUUACUGUUGAAGCUCAGAGGACAACAUGAUUUGUUGAAGGCUGAGAAGCUAUAUGCUGAAAUGCUGAAGAUCUUCCCUCCAAAUCCUCACACAUUCAGGAUUUUAAUGGAGGUCCAUAGCCAACACUGCCUACCAGAAAAAGUGGCAAAAAUCUUCAGUCAAAUGCAACAAAUUGGAGUUACAGCAGAAAGGGUUCACUAUGCAAUGGUAAUAGACGCUUUGGCAAGAAUCGGAACGCCACCUUACCUCCGAAAGGCUGUAAUAUUGAUCACAAGGACUCCAUUAGCGCAAGAACCUGCUUCGUUCAACAUCAUUCUCAGCCGUUGUGUGCCAAAGAUCUCCCCAACCUCUGCACUUUCUUCUCCAGAAGAAAGGGACCAGAUAUUAGCUGAUACUAAAGAAAAGAAGAAUAUUGCUGAACAGUUGGUCAAUGAGAUGCAUAAGAGGGGGUUUGUAUACUCGGUGAACGAAAAGACUUACUCGAGACUUCGCAAGGUAGGCUUAAAGUGGCCUACCACCGUGACCACCACCAAAGAAUGA